ACGGACCAAAAUCGUCUGAAAUGUGUGUCCUUUUAAAAGGCUUCACUGUAAUUUAUCAAAGGAAAGCAUACCACCAUAGGAGAAAAUGAAAUUAGAGUUGCAAGAAGUGUCUGGUAAAGCCAGUAAGCUUCCGCUUUGGUGGUGUCGUCUUUCGAUUUCUCUCUCCUGAUUCUGGCCUUCUACAUGCUCUGCUAUGACAGCUAUGGAUGGCUGGAAAUCCAACCCCCGAGUACAGCCACUUGUACCCAAGAGAGCACCGACUGCCGUUUUCACCCCUUCCACAUAUUUAAGACAAGUGCCUCCUCGAAGGUUGCUUUCCAAGUUAUUCCAGUUCCUGCUUUUAGUUGUUUUAAUGAUUACUGUAGUCAUAAACAUCCUCUUCAUUUUGGACACCAGUCGGAAACUGCAAGAAGAUGUCCCAGCUCUAGGAGAUUCAGAUGGAAUAGGGGGCGGCGAAAAGCGACACAACAGCUUCAGAUUACAGGAAAGUUUGCCCAAAACAUUAACAGUAGAAGUUCUGUCCAGCCAAUCUAAAGUGUCUGUUUCUGUUGAUGGUACUACCAUCCUAGAAGAUGCUGAAGAUAAUAAAGGAAGAGGAAUACAUGUUCUAGUUCUUAAUCAGGCUACAGGCAGUGUGAUGGCUCAACGUAUGUUUGACACAUAUUCACCUCAUGAGGAUGAAGCUAUGUCUUUGUUCCUAAAUAUGGUUUCAGAUGGAAGAAUUCUCAUUUUUACAAUUAAAGAUGAAGGUACAUUCCAAAUGAAGCAACCAGCUAGAGAUUUGUUGAAAAGAUUGGGAAGCAAGAAAGCUCAUGUCAUUGGGUGGAGAGAUAUGUGGGCCAUGGCCACACAAAAAGGAGGAAAAUUGUAUGGGGAAAAUUACAGCAAAAGUCCUGAAUUUAAUAGUUGGGGAGCACCAGUUCUGUUGAGAGUUGAAGUUCCUCUAGUUCCUGUUGAAGAGAGUGAAUGUGACUGGGCUGAAAAUGAAGAAAACAUUCGAAGGAGAGGCUUCUGUAAUCACAUAGAAGGUUAUGGGAGUGUGUGUAGUUGUGUGGAUCCAGCACCAUUAGCAUUCACACCCAAAGAUAUUCAGAACAACAGAGUGAGAGAUGUUCCAGUAGCUAUUAUAGCUAGUAACAGGCCUCAUUACCUCUACAGAAUGUUACGGUCCUUAUUAUCAGCUCACGGCUGCAAUCCAGAAAUGAUAACUGUUUUUAUAGAUGGCUAUUUUGAGGAACCAUUAGAAGUUACUAAACUUUUUGGUUUAAGAGGAAUACAGCAUACCCCAAUUGGUGCCAAGAAUGCUAGAAUAUCACAGCAUUACAAGGCUAGUCUUACAGCUACAUUUAACUUGUUUCCAGAUGCUAAAUAUGCAGUUAUUAUUGAAGAAGAUUUGGAUGUAUCACCCGACUUCUUUAGUUAUUUUAGCCAAACUCUUCGACUAUUAGAAGAAGAUGAAUCUAUUUAUUGUAUAUCUGCUUGGAAUGAUCAGGGAUAUGAACAUACUAGUGAAGAUUCAGGUUUGCUGUACAGAGUUGAAACAAUGCCUGGUCUAGGUUGGAUAUUGAAGCGAAGUCUAUACAAAGAAGAAUUAGAACCUCGUUGGCCUACACCAGAAAAACUCUGGGAUUGGGAUAUGUGGAUGCGCUUGCCUGAUAUACGGAAAGGCAGAGAAUGUAUUGUACCAGAUGUGUCACGGACAUACCACUUUGGAUCGUCUGGAUUGAAUAUGAAUUCAUUUUUCCAAGAUAUAUAUUUCAAGAAACAUGCCUUUAAUACUCAGCCAAAUGUGGAACUUAAAGAUUUAGAUAGUGUAAAGAAAGAUAAUUAUGAAGAAGUUAUACAUGAUCUCUUAAGGAAGGCAGUGGUAUUAGAUCAUAGUAAAUCACCUUGUGAAGAAAAUUUUAUUCCCGAUACAAAGGGUGAAGUUUAUGUCAUGUUUAUAAAAAUGAAUGGACCUAGAGACUUUACAACAUGGUUACAAAUUGCGAAGUGUUUCAAAAUCUGGGAUUUAGAUGCCAGAGGAUAUCAUAAAAGUAUGUGGAGACUUUUCAUGAAAGGAAAUCACUUAUUAGUCGUAGGAGUGCCAAAUUCUUCAUACUCGUCUUUCAAGCCAGCUCGGGUGACACCUAUUUACUUAGAAGACCAGAAAAUUGACAAAGAUAGACUCCGGUAGUCUAGUGCCAUAACUGAUCCUGAUCCUCAAACGAUCUCGAAAUCUACAAAAUGGUGUCCAUUUCAUGUUUUAGUGUUUGUUCCAGUACAAUCGAUAAAAACUUAUGUGAAUAACUGAUUGUGUUAUUAUAAAAUAAAGGUGUUUUUUAUGAAAACACCUCAAAAUUAUGUACAGGUAGCAACUUGCUGGGCAUUGUUGCUGUGGCCGCAUGUGUGUUCAUUUGAAAGUGUCCUUGUGUAAGGAAAUUCAUUUUAAUGUCAUUUGUAAAAUUUUGUAUGUAUAGCUGAUUCUGCAUUUUUGCAAUUUUUUAAAGUAAUAUUUGAUUACUUUAUGUGUAAUUUUAGUCAUAACUGCACUAUCAAUAUACCUCUAACAAAAUUUAGACUUAAACUAUAUUGCAUAGUGCAUUUUCUGUUAUUUAUAAUUUUUGCAGAUGCUUCAAAAAUGCUAAAAAUACAAUUCGAUUUGGCAUGUGGUAACUUUGUGGGGGGGGAAGAAAAAAUAAGUAAGAAAACAUCUAGUAUUUCUCAAGUGGAACAAGAAAUACAUUUUUCCCUCCAUGUUUUUGCUGUUUAUGUAAAUGUAUAAAAAUGAUUAAAUUGACAAAAUUCAUCGUAAAUAUUUUACUUUCUAGACAUAUUUUCGAACUUCUGAAAAGUUAUCUAUUUUAAAUUAUACUAUGUCAUUGUUGUUAUUAUUAUAUAUUACAUAUAUAGUAAGAUUACAUUCAUCACUUUGAAUAUCUGCACUACCUUGAUUAAAUAAUUUUAAGAAAUUUAUAAAUAUAAUAAGUAUGCAUAUCAUUAUCCAAGUCUGAUAUGUAAUUUUUAUUAUUCAAUUCUAAAUUAAAAGUCUCAAUUUUAAUCACAUCAAAAAUUAAAAUAUUUGAAACAAGUUGUUUUUAAAAUGUAUUUCGCUAUAAAAUUAAUGCAAAUAUUUUUGUUAAAUGUAUUUUAUUUAACUUGCAGUUUGAAGUAAUUUCUGUUAAAGAUGAAGUGAAAUCUGUGUAUAAAAUAUGUAGUGAAUUGCUGGAAAUACAUAAUGCUGCUUUUUAAAAUUUCAUUUUUUUUUUUUUAACGUGGCGGAUAUAUUUCCUUCCAUCGGGUAAAGCUGAUCAAAUACCUGACUAUAAAAGUUCUUCAAAUAUUAUUACUAAUGUAGUUUGUUGUACAGAAAUAGUGCAAUAUGAACUUUCUAUGGUUAAAUUAAGUAGAUGCAUCACAUGUUAUGUAUAAUAAAAUGUACUUUUCUAACAAA